CUUAUUAUUCCAAUUCUCCCCCGUCGCUGUCUUUUACGCUUCGUCCUCUCCCUCACCCGGUCCUUCUCCAUACCAUUCGACUCUCUCGAGGAAGGAAAAAAGAGCAAAGCAAAAAAGAAGGCUAGAUCUAGGGUUUUCUUCCAGCGAUAUACGGUUCUGGGUCUUCUCUUUGCGUUGAAGGGAGCUCUUUUAUUUGUUCGGUUUUAGGAAGAGAGAGAUGGCGGGGAAAGGAGGAAAGGGGCUUCUGGCGGCGAAGACGACGGCGGCGAACAAAGACAAGGACAAGAAGAAGCCCGUCUCCCGGUCCUCGCGAGCUGGUUUGCAGUUCCCAGUUGGCCGGAUCCACCGGCACUUGAAGUCAAGGAUCGCGGCAAAUGGUCGUGUGGGAGCCACUGCAGCUGUGUACUCAGCUGCAAUACUGGAGUAUCUGACAGCAGAAGUGUUGGAGCUCGCAGGGAACGCGAGCAAGGAUCUUAAGGUGAAGAGGAUCACCCCACGCCACCUUCAACUUGCCAUCCGAGGAGAUGAGGAGCUCGAUACGCUCAUCAAGGGCACCAUCGCAGGGGGUGGUGUCAUUCCCCAUAUUCACAAGUCCCUAAUUAACAAGUCUUCAAAGGAAUGAUCAUGCACGCUCUUCUUUAUACAUAGAGAUUUGUCACUGUUUGUGGCCUUGUAUGUCUUCUUAUUUAGAUGUGCUUUUUAAUUCCAAUUGUGAACUUGUAGGUUUAAAUUAGAACAAGUUUGUAACUCUUAGGCUUCAGGAUUCUUGAUGAUUUGCUUUAGACAUGUUGUUUAGACCGGUGUUUGGCAUUUGGCGCGUUGAUAUGUAAUUUAUGUCCAACUUCAAGUGCUUCUUAUUGCUCAAAAA